GCCGAUCAUUACUCCAAAUUCGAAAAGACCAAAAAACCCUUCCUCCCUCUCCCCCUCUCUCACCAACAACCCCGCCGUCCCUUACCCAUUGUCGUCCUUUCCGCAUUCUGCCUCUUCAUCGGCGUUGCCGGAAUCGCCUUCUCUCUCUUCGCCGUCCUCCGCCCCAAGCCCCUCCCCGUCUUCCGCUGCGGCCGCACCCAGGACACUUUCCGCUCCUUCUACCCUCUCCCCACCGCCCGACGCCCCAAGCUCCUUGGCUUCGUUGGCAUUCAGACCGCCUUCUCUUCUUCUGAUCGCCGUGCGGCUCUGAGGAGCACUUGGUUUCCCUCUGAUCCCGAUGCCCUGCUUAGGUUGGAGCAAGCUACUGGUUUAGCCUUUAGAUUUGUAAUUGGGCGAUCGAAAGAUGCAAAAAAGAUGGCAGAGCUUGAGAAAGAGGUUGAGCAAUACAAAGAUUUUAUGCUUAUAGAUGUUGAUGAACAAUAUCUAAAGCUUCCAUACAAAACGUUGGCAUUUUUCAAAGCAGCCUUUGAACUUUUUGAAGCAGAUUAUUAUGUUAAAGCUGAUGAUGACAUUUAUCUGCGUCCAGAUCGACUUGCAACUCUUUUGGCUAAAGAGAGAAGCCAUUCACUGACUUACAUCGGAUGCAUGAAGAAAGGACCUGUGAUAACUGACCCUAAACUGAAGUGGUAUGAGAAAUCAGGACAUCUGAUUGGUAGUGAAUACUUCUUGCAUGCUUAUGGUCCUAUCUAUGUUCUUUCUGCAGAGGUGGUAGCAUCACUGGCAAUUGCUAGAAAUAACAGUUUGAGAAUGUUUAGCAAUGAGGACGUCACUAUUGGAUCAUGGAUGCUUGCUAUGAAUGUACAUCAUGAAGAUAACCGAGCAAUCUGUGAUCCUCGAUGCACACCGACUUCUAUUGCAGUUUGGGACAUCCCAAAAUGUUCAGGUUUAUGCAACCCAGCAACUAGGAUGAAGGAGCUUCACAAGAUUAGUAUGUGUUCCAAGAGUCCUACACUGCCACCCGAUGAUAGGUAGUGUCAGCUUGGUCUAAAACUUAGCAGAUAUAGAGCAGGCUUUCUGGGGAUGGAUUGUUUGCAAGUGCAAUUAGUUUUUAGAGAAGCUCCCUUUAGUUGAGGUAUUGUCUCCAUUUUUGUUCAUCCAUCCUGAUUUCUGUUGUAAAGUGUAGUAUUCUACUUGAGCAUUAGUUACUUUUACGCCAACGACACUCUUUUAGUAUACAAACCUUGUUGUAAGUAUGAUAACAAUAUAAUGAAAGCAUAAACAAAAUACUGUAGACCCCAUGUACUGUAAUGUAACAGACUGGAUUCUGAUAUUGAAAAGCGUUUCCAUUUGUAUUCUCGAAU